ACUCUGUCUCGGCAUCUGUCACCGCCGCGGCCCGCAAACUUUUCGAGGCGCCUCGGCCCCUCGCCGCCGGCCCCGCCGCUGCGGGGGGGUCCCUCCCGCACCCCGACCACGGCCCCGGCGCGGCGGCGGCGCGACCCCGGCGCUGCCCAUGCAAGGGCCCAGGCGGCGGCGGCGGCGGCCCGGGGGCUCGAAGCAGGACCGCGCCGCGGGCAGCCCCGCCAUGUCGGAUAGCGACCUCGGAGAGGACGACGGCGCCGCAGCUCUGGACCCAUCGCAGUCAAAUAAGAGGAAGAGAAGGGGCAACCUGCCCAAGGAGUCUGUGCGGAUCCUGCGGGAGUGGCUGUAUGAGCACCGCUUCAACGCGUACCCCUCGGAGCAGGAGAAGCUCAGCCUCUCGGGGCAGACCAGCCUCUCCGUGCUGCAGAUCUGCAACUGGUUCAUCAACGCCCGGCGGCGGCUGCUCCCUGACAUGCUGCGCAAGGACGGGAAGGACCCCAACCAGUUCACCAUCUCUCGCAGAGGGGGCAAAGCCGGCGACGUGACCCUGCCACGAGGGGCUGCUGCUGGCUCCGGAGUGCUGGUGGUUCCUCCCGUGACGGCAGCGGGGGCUGCCAAGGUGCUGCCAAUGUCCAUGUGCCCGCAGGUACUGUGCCACCCUGCCCAGGCGCUGGGCGGCAACCUGACGGUGCUGGGUGCCCGCAGCCCUGAGCGGGAGAAGCAGCCUGCCCUGCAGCGAGUGGAGCCAGACCCUCACCCCAAAGCGCCGCUGGGUGCUGCUGGCAGCACUGUGGCCCUGCUGGCGCGGGCCGAGGCCGCCAGCCCCACCAGCGGACUCUUCAACACACCACCCCCCACGCCCCCCGAGCUCUUCGGUGACGACUUCAGCAGCUUCCAGCUGCUGGUGGAGGUGGCACUGCAGAAGGCGGCGGAGCUGGAAUCGCAGCGGCAGGGCGGGCAGCUGCCCCUCUCACCUCAGACUGAGCCCCCAGGCGCCUCCAUCACCAAAUAGCCCUCGGGCCAGGUCCUGCAGGGUGCCCUUCCCUGAGGGUGCCCAACCUCUGGCUUCGUGCCACCCAUGGGGCCCCUUUUCUCUGGCCUCUGGAGCCUGUGACCACCUGCAUCCCCACACAGCUCAUCUCAGAAGCAGACCUGUGCAUCCCCCUACUUCUGCUGGCCAAGAUGGAGAGGAAGGGUUGUUCCACCCCAUCCUGGGGAGAUGCCUGCCACCACGGAGCUCCCACUGGGGACGGGGCACUGGGCAGGCAGGACCAGACUUCUGCGACUGAGAGACCUCUCCUUGCUGUGACCAAUGGUCGCUGUGUGAAGCCACGGAACUCACUCAGAAAACCUGCUGACUUCUUUUUCCUGGAAACAAGGGUCCAGCCAACACCACUUCUUCAGGGAGGGGAAGAGAGAAUAUAUUUUAAGUUUGUGUCUGUUUUAAGGAUUGUGGAUGAAAAUCUUUUUUUUCUCCCAAA